CGGGAGACCAGAAGGGGGAAGGCGGGCCGCCACUUUAACCUCUCCUGCGCAGUGACUUAAAGCGGCUCUAGAAAAUUAUACCGAUAAGCUUCUACUUAUCAAGAAAAAAAAUUCCAGUUCAUCAUCACACAAGACUUUGAAUUAAGGCUCAACACUCGACAAAGAUGAUAGAUACGGCUCCUGCGAAGCGGGAAAAACUUCCUAUCACCGUCACAAAGGAAACCCCAUACACGUUCGAUCUCGGCCACCUUCUGGUGCAAGACCCCAACCCGCUCGUGAUAUCAAAUACAGAAAACACCAAUAAUGCAUUGAAAGCCGUAGCACGGGAUGGCGCUCAAGUCCUCAUCAACCAACUUCUUACAAUAUGCCCAAUUACAUCGGACGUUAAAGAAGGAGUUCUCCUCUCUCUACCCCCUCCUCAGACUUUACUCCCACGAUUCAAGCCUCUACCGAAACCAAAGGAGCCUACGAAAUGGGAGCUAUUCGCGAAGAAGAAAGGAAUUGGCAAAUUUAGUAGCAAACCUGGUGCUGCAUUAGCUGAAAAGGAGAGACGCAAGAAGCUCGUUUACGACGAGGCUAGUGGAGAAUGGGUUCCGAAAUGGGGGUACAAGGGCGCGAACAAGUCAGGUGAGAAUGACUGGUUGGUGGAAAUCCCCGACAAAGAAUGGAAGAAUGAAGCUCAGGGUGAAAAUAUUCGGACUGCUGGUCGACGUGAUCGUAAGGAACGGGUCAAGAGGAAUGAAAGAAAAAUGAGGGCGAAUGAACGCAGGACUCGGAAAUCUGGCGGAUAAAGACUAGUGCAGAGGAUUGGAAAUCAAAAGCAGUGUAUUUUCAAAUCGCAAGGUUCGGCUGGCGUUUUUGAGUAUGAUUGUUCAAUUUUGUCUUGGAGGUUAUUUACGGCAAUUUAUCAAUGAACAUGGUAUUUGUAUGAAGC